AUGGCGGAAGUUGAAGUACAAAUUUCAGAAACAGAGAGCUCUUGUAAUACUAAUACCUCUGUCUCUUCUUCUUCGUCUUCAUUGUCCGCGGAUUCCAUGCACAAGUCGGUUUUUGAUUCGUCAAAGAAAUUACCGAAAGGGAAGAAACGGCCGACGAAGCGAACGAAGAAACAGAAGGCUAUUACUAAUAGUGAGAGUAGACAUCAAACUUACAGAGGAGUUAGGAUGAGAAGUUGGGGAAAAUGGGUAUCUGAAAUUCGUGAACCGAGGAAGAAAUCACGUAUUUGGCUCGGUACUUAUCCUACAGCAGAAAUGGCCGCUAGGGCACAUGAUGUUGCAGCGGUGAGUAUAAAAGGAAAUUCCGCCAUUCUCAAUUUCCCUCAUCUAAUCGACUCGUUGCCUCGUCCAUUGUCAAAUUCACCUAGAGAUGUUCAAGCUGCUGCUGCUAAAGCAGCAUCAAUGAGGGACCCACCUUCUUCAGCCUCAUCGUCCUCGUCCUCGUCCUCAUCCUCAACAACAACAACAACAACAACAUCAACGGGAUCUGAAGAGCUUUGUGAGAUUAUUGAACUGCCUAAUUUAGCAGAAAGUGACGAUUCAAAAACUGAGUUGCGGCCGAGUGACUCAGUUGAAGGACUGCUGUACUCGCCGUGGUGGGCAGAUCACAGUACAGAUUUUUGUGGUUAUUUUCUGGAGCAGUCUGCAGCUGGCGCUGGGGAAAGUUUAAUUUCUUGCAGCUUUGAGACACUGAAAUGGGCUUGUUAAAAGCUGAUCAUAAUGGAGCUUUUAGGACUCAGAACUCUGGGCUUUGCUCUGUUUUUUU